AGAGAGAAUCAACCGCCAUUUGCUUAACCCUAAUAAUAACUCCACCACAUCCUCCCCACUCUCUUGGACUCUUUGAUUGAUGGUUUGUGAGUAUAUUUUUUGUUAAUUGAUGCGAUUCUCAAGUAAUUGCUUCACUGUAUUCUAAAUUGGUCUGUUAUAGAGAGGAGUUAUCGAAAGUUGAAGAGUUUUGCAGCGGAACUACAUGGAGGAUUGGGAAGAUGAGCCUGUUCCAGAUCUCUUAAGCAAAAAGGAGCUGCUGAAGAGCAAUUGGGAUGAUGAGGAUUUGGAUGAAGAUGGUAUCAAGGAUUCUUGGGAAGAUGAAGAGGAGCCUGCGGAGCCGCUGCCACCUCCUCAAAAGGCUGUUAAAAAGACUGCAUCAAAAGCAGAAGAAAAGAAUGUGAAAGCUGUUGAAGCCAUAAAAGAGGUGCCUUUAGAUCCUUUAGAAGAAAAACUUCGGCAGCAGAGGCUUGUUGAGGAAGCUGAUUUUAAGGCUACUACAGAAUUGUUUUCCAAGAAGGGUGAUGAAAAGACUCUGGAUAAUUUUAUUCCAAACAGCGAGAGCGACUUUUUGGAAUAUGCUGAACUCAUCUCUCAUAAACUUCGUCCAUAUGAGAAAAGCUAUCACUACAUUGGUCUGCUCAAGUCUGUUAUGAGGUUGUCAUUGACUUCAUUGAAAGGAGCAGACGCCAAAGAAGUUGCCUCAUCCAUUACUGCAAUCGCAAACGAAAAGAUAAAAGCUGAAAAAGAAGCCAAUGCAAGCAAAAAGAAGACAGUUGGAAAGAAGAAACAAUUGCAUGUUGGCAAACAAGAAGAUGAUGCUGUGGUGGUUGAUGGUUAUGAUGGUUAUGAUGACUAUGAUUUUAUGUGAGCCGGCAUUGUUUCCAUAUGGGCAUAUGAAGAGAAUUUUGCGGCCUGUUUCAUGUCCCUAAUUGGAGGUUGGAUUGUAACAUUUUUUGUUUUUUGAUGGAAUAGCUGAAUAAGGAGAUCUACUUUGAGAUUUUGGUUUUAAUGUAUGUUGACUGGAUGGUGGUUCCUUUGGGAUAUCUAUGCUGUAUGUGUAAAAUUUGGUACAUAAGGAGUUGUAAUUCAUUAUUCUAGCUUCCAUUACCAACUAGAUCAAAAACUUCUGAUUUGGAUA